UGUUUAUUGAGAAAAAUAAAUAAUUUCACCCUGUAAAUGUUUCUUAGUUUGCUUUCAUUUCAUAUAAAGAAGCUGGGUCCAUUGUUCACUAAGCUUAAUUAUAAGGUUUCUCACGACGUUUUUAGUCAACAUUGCAAUAAUUUUAAAGAAUAACGAAGAAAGUGCAAACCACUGCCGUUUCCGAAAAUGGCAUUGAUAAGAAAUGAACUUGAAUCUACAUCAUCCUAAAAAUCCAGUCUUUCAGCCGAUAAGUAGAUUACACAAACCGACAUUACUAAGAACAUCAAAGACAAAAAAUCGUGUCAAAAAUGAAGACGAAAUCGUAGCCGAAAUCCAAAAUAAAGUACUACUUCAAUCCAACGUCGAAACCCGAAAAAUAUCGAAUGGAAAUCUUAAUAAAAGUCCCCAAGUCUUUACAAAUCGUUCACAGUGUCCCCAGUACAUUUUCUCGGGGAAGAAAUACCUUACCCACUUAAUCCGGCCCCAAAUACACGCAUUUCUUAUCCGACUCAGCCCUAAAUCAGUGCUGUUAUUAUCACCCUGAUAUCAGCAUAAAGGGGGCGUCAAUAGUCCCCUUGAAAUGACGGAAAAUGUUCAGAAGUACCAGUCGAUAGGAUUGUUGGGGUAGACUAGGAUUGCGGUUCUUUUUUUUGUUUUGUAGUAAAAGAAUCCUACACUGAAGAAUUUGUUCCUUCUUAUUGUUGGUGUCUUUUUGCAAACAUUCAAGUCAUAUGCACAAAGACACCUAGAUUCAGAACAAGAAUUGUGUGCUUGUUCUACGCGAGGAUUGAACUUGUUGUCAUGCAUUAAUUUAACUAAAAAUUAAUCUCAUUAAAAUAAUACUUAAAUCUACCAAACCUUCUAUACUUACCUACAUUACGGUUCUGAUCACUGCUUUCAAGCUAUCUGACGUCACACUUCACUGAUUCGGUGACGUCAUAGGCGUAAUUAGCUGUUGGUUGGAAGGCAUACUGUAUCAUUAAAUAGAUAAAGAAUAGACGGAAUAUGUCAGUAUAUUGAUUGAUUGAUAGAUAAGCUGACGAAACACGAAUAUAAUGGACUUGAAUUAAUAUGUAACUGUGAUUUCAGUUUAUAAAUAUAUUGGUUGUUGUCUUUAUUCUGCCUACUUGAAUAUUGAUUUAUAAGGAGGUGAACAGCAAGUAGACGCGUAGCAAAAUAUUAGUAUUUCACUUAUGUAACAUCGUUUUUUCAUGCGAUUGUUAGUCUUUUUUGGAGCUCAAUGCAUGUGACUGUAAGUCCUUUUUGAAACUCAAAUUAUAUUCAAUACGAGUUCCAUCAAAAGGAGUAAAUUGCUUUAUCGUCUAAGCUUAACAAACAUACUAACCUAUAUUCGUAAUACAUAUAUAUCGUAUAUUAAAAGGCGAAUUUGAUGCUGACCAAUUUUUAAACAAAUUUUCCCGUAGUGUUUUUAUUUGCACAUUAUAUGAUACUUGAUUAAUGAUAAAACUUGGUAUGAAUAAGUCUGUCUUUUAAUUUAACUUUCCAUAAGGUUUGAUUAUCCAACCUAAGGACGAUAGCUCAUAUAGAUAGAAAUCAUUGCUUUAAAGUAUUUAUUUUUAUUUUCAGGAACAAGUGGAGUUCCUUGGUGUAUCACGUUUGAUGAUCUCCAUCAAACAUUCAGCGACAGGAGUUUUGAGGACCAACAGGCACAAACAAAAUGUCAGUGACAACCUGAAGGCGAGCGGGCGAUGCGCCGCGCGGCGGCUCGCGCGCGCGGUGCGACGCGCGUAAUAUGCGCUCACUGAACGAAACAGCGUGCCAGGCGCUGCUCGAAGAUGUCCGCUGGGAUGAACCCGUCAGCCUCGUCAGCUUAGCCAUACUAGCGCUCAUCGACGUACUAGUCAUUGCAGGUAACUGCCUCGUGAUAGCGGCAGUGCUCUGCUCCUCCAAGCUCCGCAGUGUCACGAACCUGUUCAUCGUGUCUCUGGCUGUCGCUGACCUGUUAGUCGGCGUCGCCGUGCUGCCUUUCUCAGCUACCAGGGAAGUGUUUGAGGUAUGGAUUUUCGGCGACGUCUGGUGCUCAGUAUGGCUGGCCGUCGACGUGUGGAUGUGUACGGCAUCCAUCUUGAACCUCUGCGCGAUCUCCCUGGACCGCUACGUGGCUGUCACCAGGCCCGUCAGUUAUCCUAGCAUCAUGAGCAGGAAGAGAGCUAAGGCGUUGAUCGCUGGGCUCUGGGUCCUGUCUUUUGUUAUCUGCUUCCCACCGCUGGUCGGUUGGAAGGAUAAGAAGCCCGAAGAAGCAGAAACAAAAGAAGGCUGGGCCCCGAACCCUCCUUGCGAAUGGACCUGUGAGCUGACCAACGAUGCUGGCUACGUCGUCUACUCAGCUCUGGGAUCCUUCUAUAUACCAAUGUUUGUGAUGCUGUUCUUCUAUUGGAGGAUAUACAAAGCAGCUGUGAGAACCACUAAGGCCAUCAACCAGGGUUUCAGGACUACCAAAGGCAAAGGCAUGGGUAACCGCUUCGAUGACAAUCGCCUGACGCUCAGAAUACAUCGCGGGAGGGGAUCGAACCGUCCCCACGGAUCUCCACUAUCAAACGCCUCUAACCACUCAACCAGCACGUCACUAAGUGCUUCUCCAGAACGACUGAGAAGGCAUUCAAGUGCAAGACGAGCUCAUGAGAAAGUCAAGAUAUCCGUCUCCUAUCCAUCAUCAGAACAGAUCUGUCCAGCUCAUGAGAACUCUAGGUCUUCGAGCAGGUCUCCCAGUCCUUCAUUAUAUGCUGUCCAUUAUGAGAGGGAUGGGAGGGAACUGACUGAGAGUCGGUUGAGGGUCCGACCUUCUCAUCACUUGGCUCCUGGUCCUCUGUAUGAUGAGUACGAUGAUAAGCCCAGGACUACAAGGAGGAUGGGGAAAAGGAAUAUCAAAGCGCAGGUGAAACGAUUCCGUAUGGAGACAAAAGCAGCUAAGACCCUCGGCAUCAUAGUAGGCGGCUUUGUGUUCUGCUGGCUCCCGUUCUUCAGCGUGUACGUCGUGAGGGCCUUUUGUGGCGACUGCGUCAGUCCCAUCGUGUUCUCCGUGCUGUUCUGGCUCGGGUACUGCAAUUCGGCGAUCAACCCGCUUAUCUAUGCGCUCUUUUCAAAGGACUUUAGGUUCGCCUUCAAACGUAUUAUCUGCAAAUGCUUCUGCGGCGGUGGUGGCACGCGACGGGAGUCUGACGGCGAGGGUUCGAGACGUCAAAACAACCGGCCAACACACUCGCAUUCACUUGAAGAACACGACGGGCAGAACCAUACCACUGUUACCACCGCUGCGGAUAGGUGACGUCAAGCAAUGCGGCGGCAAAACCCCCAGUUUCAAACAACCGUCGCAUGUGUGUAGCAAAUAUAACGUAAUAACCGUUAGAUAUAACGUACAACACUUUUUUAUCUGUAUAUUGUUACUAAACGCGUCCUACUCUAACGUCAACAUUACUGAUAUUGUAUUAAUAAAUGUGUGUAACGAAAAUUAGUAUCGUUAUAACGUAUAAAUAACUUAGUUAUUUCAUCGUUAUAACGAAUAAAAUAGCUUGUUAACGAGCUGUUUUUAAAUAAUCGAUGUGCGUACUUCAGUGAAUGUUUUUUAAAAGUGAAUUUAUUUAUUGAAAAGACUGUCAGAACUUAAUUGUACCUAAUGUUAUGUAAUAAAGAUACCAUCUAACCGAUAUGUUGUUAUAAUGAGGAAUUAUAAUGUGUUAAGUUAUAGAAAUAAGUAUAAUAGUGUUGGGCGUAAGAGCGAAAACGAAGUGCGUUUUCGCUCUUUACCUGCUAUAGCAACUCCAAAUUUGAAACGCUUAAACUGACACAAAUGUAGUCGUUAUUCUAGUUCUUUUAUCCAUUACUCAGCUAUGAUAAUUACCUACAUCAACUAAGUAUAUGGCCAUAAUUAACUUUAAUGUACCUCUCCCAUAAGUAGAUAAGCUAGAGGCCCCUUAAGGCUAUACUUUAGAUUCUUGUCGUUGUUCUAUUAUGUUAUUUAUCAACCCAUCGACACUCACCUCGUUUAUUUGUUUGCAAUAGCUUUUCGUGUUUGUUUUGAAAGCCCCAAAAUGUUUACAGACAGGACAACCUUUCCGCAUUAAGGGAAAAUUACGUCAACACUGACAAUCAAACCUUGCUGUGAAAAUGGGCUAGCAAUUCAAGUUUUCAAAAUGGAUGCCAGGACUGUUGGCAACUUUCGGGGUUAAACCUACCCUACCCUACCCUUAAUUUCAUACAAUUAAAAAAAAAACAUAUUCAUAAUGUUAUCAGACUACAAAUACACCAAAUACAUAACGCCAUAAUAUAAACCUACUUAAGAAAGAAAGUAUUAAUAUUUUUUUAAUAGAAUCGUAAAUAGUCAUAAUAUAUUCAGGAGUCAUAAUGAUAGUGAAGGAAUAUUUGAUAUAAUACUGCAUAACCAAGAUAGAUAGAUCUCUGUACUUGUAGUUUGAAAACUGACCAGUAAUAUCGGUGGUUGACAGUGCCUGUUUUAUAUAAGUAAUUAAACUGUACCUUUGAAUUUAUACUAAAUUAUUGAAUUGGACAUUUGUAACUCAAUUAGUCAACUAAGACAAAUAAAAAUGUACAAAAACUUUUUAAGUGAUUACGUUAAGUCGAAUGGGUCUAUCCUUAAACCUUAACAGCUGGUUCGAGUAUGGCGUCCGCUUCACUGGUCCGUUUUAUCGGAUACUUUUUUAUAGCGACCUUAUUACUUUAGACAAAAUACAUCUGUUGGCUGUUUCCUAAAAAGUGAACAAUUGGUUAAAAACAUAGGAUGCUCAAUAUAGACAAAUAUAUUAGUCACUCAACAAAUUUAUGACAUAAACAACUGUUAAACAAACCUCGACGUUUAUUUUGGCUGUAACUGAAACAGUAAUACGUCAUCUCAUCUGGGUAAAUGUCAACUGUCUAGCUAUCACGGUUCCUGAGAUUCAUCCUGGUGCUGAACGGAAGGACCAGACAGCAGUGCCUGUGUAAUCAGAGUUCUGUUUUUACCUCUUUAGGUUUGGAAACAUUGAUCAUUUAAAUUGUGAUCACGGCAAAAAAAUGCCCGGAAUAUUCUUAAGUCCACGAUUUCGCCUCAAUAAUACAAACGUCUCCGAUAAAAUGGACCAAUCAAAAGUAUAUCAUGUGUGAACCAGCUAAAACCGUCGACGUACACAGUAGUCGUCGCAUUUUUAAAACUAACUUAUUCAAUACUUGCCUACCUACCUAAGAUUAGCAUAAACGGGUAUAUAAUAGUCGAUGGAUAUUAAAGAUCUCAACGUUCCUCAAAUUUAUUCGAUUGUGUAUUCGAUGUUUUAACAUUAUAUUCGUUAGGCGAGUUGUAUGUUUAUGUGUGAACGAUAUCAAUAUUACUAUGGAUUAAUAUACGAGAUGUUACCUA